AUGGCUGGAAAUGCAGUUAAAAGGGAGCAGGCAGCUGGAGCAAGCCAAGGCAGGUCUCCGUCCUCGUUCUCCCCGCAGAUCUUUACCGUGAGUCUUACCGCCGCCUGGGAUUUACACAAUGCCGGUCCAGUUAACCUGGGACGGGCCCAACGCCUCCAGGGGUGCGCUGGCUGGGCGCGUUGCCACGGGAACGCCCACCCUUUGACAUACUCAAGAUGGCCGCUACGGCAAGCGAGAGGGAAGGGGAGGCGCGGCAAGUUAUUAUAUAGCGCCGGUCUCGUGAGCAACCGCAGGAACGGGGUGAUGGGCGUUGGGCGGAGAGUAAUGUUCGCAGGAUGGGGCAGCGAUGCUGCUCCUCCGGCUGUCAGCUGUUUCGGCGUGAUGGCAAGUAGACUCAGCCUCUUCCAUCUGCUGUUUUUAUCCUUUGCCUCGUUUGCAGCCUCCGUCGAAGGUGGAGCCCCUGUUCUCCUUGUUCCUGAAGAGGUUUCCCUGGAAAAUGGUAGCCAGCAAGACAUCACGGUGACUUUCAGCGCCCUGCCCACUGAGACUUUGGUGGUUAUGUUCAAUGUGACCUAUUCAUCCAAGAAGAACAGCACCAUUGUUGAAUUGCCUGACCAAGUAAUAAUAACAGCAGGCCAAAAGGAGGCACAUUUCCACGUGCAAGCUAAAGAUGUCGGGCAGGUGACGGUAUAUCUGCAGACCAACACGUCCCACCAGACGGGGCCCAGAAUCCGGUUCCUUGUGAUCCACAGCAGGGCUGUGAGGAUUGUGGACCAGGUGAUUGGCUGGAUCUAUUUCCUGGCCUGGUCAGUUUCCUUCUAUCCUCAGGCGUUUGAGAACUGGAGACGCAAAAGCGUCGUGGGACUCAGUUUUGAUUACAUCGCUUUGAACCUCACCGGCUUCAUUGCCUACAGUGUCUUCAACAUUGGGCUCUUUUGGGUCAUCCCCGUGAAGGAGCAGUUCCUGCACAGGUAUCCCAACGGUGUGAACCCUGUAGACAGCAACGAUGUGUUUUUCAGCCUCCACGCGGUUGCCCUCACUUCGUUCAUCAUCUUCCAGUGCUUAAUCUAUGAGAAAGGGAACCAGAAGGUUUCUAGAGUGGCCAUCGGCUUCCUCGUCGCCGCGUGGGUGUUUGUCUUCACCACCUUGGCCGUGGCCGCCGCCAAAGAAAUCACGUGGCUCGAGUUCUUGUUUUAUUUCUCCUACAUCAAGCUGGUAAUCACGCUCAUCAAAUACUUCCCCCAGGCUUACAUGAAUUUCCGCCGGAAGAGCACCGAAGGCUGGAGCAUCGGGAACGUGCUGCUGGACUUCACUGGUGGCGCCUUCAGCCUCAUGCAGAUGUCUCUGCAGUCCUAUAACAACGAUGCCUGGAAGCUGAUCUUCGGAGACCCCACCAAGUUUGGGCUUGGCCUCUUCUCCAUCGUCUUUGAUAUUGUCUUCAUGAUCCAACAUUACUGCUUGUAUCGCGCCCAAGUAUAUGAGCAGUUUGAGUAGGUGCCCGUCCGAACGUGCCUGCUGCACGGGGACGCCUUACUCCAGAGGAACUGGGACUGGCAGAAUUGCUGCUCCUCAGUCGCACCAAACCUCCUUUGCCCUCUCGUGCCUUCACGUCUCCCGAUCCGGCAGUGCCGGCUUGCCAAAGUCACCCUCUCCUGAACUUCUGGGAUGGGAAGUUCUCAAAAGCUGCUGGAGAGAGCAGCCUCCACAGGGAGAGAAGAGAUGCUCGUGUUUUGCCAUCCAAUUUCUUACCGCUGAAGAAUGGAGGUGUGGUGGGACCCAUCCAUCCAAGGCAGCUUUGCCAGGAGGAACCAGCUUUAGGAGAAGGCUGGCUACAAGCAAGGGCGAAUCGGUUGUCAUCUGGAGGAGCUGCCCUGCUAUAGAGCACUUGAAGGACGGGUUGUGUGACUUCAGGACCAUGGGUGUCCCCUUUCCUCUUGCAGCAAGGGGAGAGAUGCACGGAGGAUGUAGGACUAACUCUAAAAGCUGGACAUGGGCGCCAAGGAGCAGGCUAAAUGCACUGGAGAACCUUCGUGUGAAGUGGCUGAAUACAGGGGUUGAUAUUAUUAAAGCUUUUGUAACGGGU